UUCAUUAAGUGCAGUUAUUUUAUUAUCGGUUUUAUCCGUCCAAUGUUUAAUUUUGCCAGAUUCUUUAUUUAUGUUUUGUAAAUCAGGUGCAUUGCUUUAUGAAGAAAUUGGAUGCACGCCAAUUAAAAGUAAUGGAGAUUGUGCUUCUUCAUUUAACUGCUCAAAUUAUCGAUUACCAAAGCAUGGUUGUUUAUUUGAAAAACAUGUUUAUAAAUAUGGAGAAGCUAUUAAGGGUACAAAUCCAUGCUAUAAUUGUACUUGUAUCGGUAAUGCUAAAAAUGGAUCUAAAAUAGAAUGUUAUAACGUGGAAUAUGAAGGUCCUAUUGGUCCAAUAUUCCCAGGAUAUGGACCUCCUUCUGAUUGUUACUACACUUAUGAAUUGAAUAAUUGUAUUUCUUCUCAAUUGAAGUGUCCCCCGUAUAAAAAUAUGUCUAUCUGUGUUGUCGAUAGUAAAGGAUACAUAGAAGGUGAAAAAUUUCAACCAUCUGGUAAAUGUUUGGAUUGCGUCUGCCAGAAGGGUUACAAUGGGAAAUUCGUUGAGCCAUUCUGCAGGAAAAAACGAUGCGACGUUGAAAUCCAAUAUUCCAAACAAAUAGUUGAUAAUUGCGCUCCAUUAUAUAAUAAUAAUAUCUACCCAAUUUGUUGUCCUUAUGAUUUCAUUUGCCCAUCAAAUUCAAAAAUUGAACAUCUUGUAAAACAGAACUCAACUGAUCAUGACACAUUCUCUAUUAUAUUUUCUGAUUCUUGUGAUCGUUUGGGUACAUUGCUUUACGACGAAAUCGGAUGCAUACCAAUUAAAGAAGUUAACAUUAGUUGUCCUGUAGCUUACAAUUGCUCCAAUUAUCAAUUACCAAAAAAUGGAUGUUUGUUCAAAACGCACGUUUAUAAGAAUGGAGAAACCAUUAACAAAACCAAUCCUUGCAACUAUUGCAAAUGCUACAAAAAUUCACAGAAUAAAUUCGAAUUAUCAUGUAUCAAUUGGAAUAUAUUAAGAGUACCUUAUGGUAAAUAUGGAUUUUCAUCUGACUGUUACUUUACUGGUGAUCUGAAUUGUUGUUUCCCGUCUACAAAAUGUGCUCCGUAUAACAAUGCGGCUAUAUGUGUAGUAGAUCACGAAAGUCACAUAGAAGGACAAGAAUUUCAACCGUAUGGUAGAUGCAUGGAUUGCGUCUGUCAGAAGGGUUUUGAAGGGAAAUUAGUGGAACCUUUCUGCAGAAAAAAACGAUGCGACGUGGAAAUCAAAUUUACUAAACAGAUAAUGAACAACUGCGCUCCUUUAUAUUCAAAGUUUGAAAAUCCAAUUUGUUGCCCUAGAAAUUUCAUAUGUCCAUCUGAUUCAAAAAUUGAGAAUCUCAUAAAAUCCAAAUCAGUUGAUAAAGUGGAAAAAUGUAAAUUUGGAUCGAAAACUUUCAACAAAAUGGAUACAUUGGAUUUGGUUUACGGUGACAAUUAUACAGCAAAAUGUGAAUGUUCUCUACCUCCUUUAUUGACUUGUCUUAAUUAACUAAGA